CGACCUGUUUUUGAGAAUACAAAAAAAACUACAGACGCAGUGACACAUGUGUUAUUAAUAGGCCUUUCGCAAAUGGACCGUGUCACCAUCGUCGUCGUGUGCUCGUUGCUUCUUCGGGAGGCUCGUGGAUUUGCCGUCUCCCGUCAAUAGCCGGGCCCCGCCGUGCCUCUCCACCCCUUCGACCUUGGAUUUCCUGCAACAUCCACAACAGUCGACAAACCCCACCAAACCCCUUCCAAAUGCCCGACGUAUCGCCUGAAGUAGCUUCGGGAACGGCUGAUGGCUCGGCUGACGGAACCAUAAAGCAAGCGUCCAGGCCUCGUGAGUUCCAGCGCGCGUAUAAAGCGUGCGUGCCGUGCCGCCAGAGGAAAGCCCGCUGCGAGCUGGACGUGCCCACCGAUGGCAGCGUUCCUAGUCCGCCCUGUACCAGAUGCCGAAGAGCAUUGAGACAAUGCGUCUUCACCGAAGAAAGAGCUUGGAAACGCCAGAAAUUGGAUGCCGAUCAUCGUCCCUCCGCGUCUGCUCGCCCCACAGAACCACGAGCAGCGGCUCGCCAGUCCAACUGGGGCGCAGGCGUUGGUCCGGUUCCAACUACUGAGGAUUCUCCGGCGAACGCCUUGGACAGUCCACAAAGUCCUCCUAGGCAGCAAUGGCGCCAUCCAUCAUCGGCGUCACAAAACAGCGGCCUAGCCAAUUCCAUGAUCCGGACGGUUGUCGCGAAUGGCAAUGAUGCUUUAAAUCUACUGUUUGAGGCGGCAACCCGUGAGGAUGCCGACACGACCGAAAGCACUUUCUCACCAACGGGAGCUCAAAGCCAGGCGGCUCCGUUGGGAGAAACCGAUCCUUCUUACACAACCCCUGGCUCGACGUUACCGGUGAAUUCAGGUCUUCCUACUUUACCGCCAGUCCAACUAUCGGAUGUGUCUCCCCAAGUGCUUAACACCUGGAAGACUUGCCGAUUCGUGCGUAUGGGUUGGUUCACAGCCAGGGAAGCCGUGACAUAUGUCGAUCUAUUUUUCAGGAACAUGUCACCAUUGUCUCCUGUCCUGAUGGACUACUACGCCUCCCAUGCCAAACAUUACCAGCUAGUCACGCAGGAGCCUUUCUUGUGCUGCACCAUCCUUGCGUUGUCAUCACGAUAUCACGUCUUACCUGGCAUUGGAGGGGCGUCACGCGGUUAUUUCAUCCAUCAUAGACUGUGGGAACACUGCCAGCAUCUCAUCAUGCGCAUCAUGCUGGGACAGGAAAAGAGUUCUCCCGCAAAAACGCGUACCGUUGGAUCCAUUGAGGCGCUGUUGCUGAUUUCAGAAUGGCAUCCGCGAGCUUUGCAUUUCCCGCCUGAAUCGGAUGGAUGGGACGCAGGCCUUGUUGCUAUCGAUCCAGACCCUCUGGAGGGAUCGGCGAACCUUGAAGGUACAUCGCCCGCAUCAAACAGGUGGCUUGAAGAUGUCAUAGAGCCAGCCAGGCGGUCAGAUCGAAUGUCCUGGAUGCUGCUUGGAUGCGGCUUGUCUCUAGCUCACGAACUCGGCAUAUUCGACCAAGAGGACAAGGAUGAGAAGAAGAUUCCAGGGGAGUCUCGGGUCGAAGCCAAGCGCAGAGCCGCGAGGUUCGUGCGAGCCCGAAAGCUUCUCUACGUGUUUGUGGAGCAGCUGGCUUCCCGCAUUGGCUGUACCUCGAUGAUCCCACAGAGCCUGAGCCAUACCGUCAUGGGGAAGUCGUUUGCUGGAGAAGUGCUGCCGGGGGCGGACCACUGCGAAGCCUUUGUGGCAGCGUGGAUCGAGCUCACAAAGUUUGUCAAAUCAGUGUCCGACAUGCUUUUCCCAUCCGCUUCAUUCACGCGGCAGAUACUGCGGAGCGGGCGGUACAUUGGGCUUCUGCAGCAUUUCCAGCCUCUUCUUGCUAACUGGAGAGGGAGAUAUCUUGAUUCUCAAAGGCUUGGUGAUGUCUUGCAAGACAUGCUCUCCAUCGAGUACCAAUUUGUGCGGAUCUUCACCAACUCCCUCGGUCUCCAAGCCGUAGUAGAGCGGACCCUCGACGAAGCCGACGGCGAGACGACGUUCCCCAUGUCGGUAGACUCGACGGACUACGAAUUCAUCCAAGAAGUCGUAGACGGCAGCUGCGAGAUCCUACGCACAGUAAUCAAGCUCGCCGACAACGACAUCCUGCGCUUCUGCCCGGUGCGCAUCUUCCUGCACAUCACGACGUCGGCCAUCUACUUGCUCAAGGGCCUCAGCCUGGGCGUGUGGAACACGAAGCUGCAGUCGUCGUUUGACCUGCUCGACCGCGGCAUCCACGCCCUCCGCUCCGGCACCCUCGACGACAUGCACCUCGCCGCGCGCUACGCCACGCUGCUCGAAAUGCACGUCGCGCGCCUGCGCCGCGGCUUUGUCAUCUCGUCGCGCCCGCCGAAACUGACGACGCGGCCGCCGUCCGCCGACCGCCACACAACAAGCAACCCCCAUAGCAACAGCAACAACAAUGCCUUCCACACGCCCACGCCCACAUCAUCAACAACAGCAAACCAGAGACGCGCCAACGUCGACUCCGCCGCCGCUGCUACCGCCGCCGCAGACGCAGACGCAGACGCAGACGCCCCGCCCAACCACGACCACCUCGGCGGCUUCGACGCCUCCUUCGACGCCGACGACUGGCUGACGCUGCCGUUUGAUCCGUCCAUGGCCCCCUUUGGCGCCGGCGGCUCCAGCAUCCAGACGUUCCCGGGGCUGGACGCUGGCAUGCUGAAUUUCUUGUGGAAUCUGCCGUCGUGAGAGGCGAGUAAGGGAGUAGGUGAUUGAGUGCUGGGGAGGAGGAAUGUUUGGGGCGGAACUUGGGUGGUUGAUAGGUAUCUUGAUAUGACAUGACAUGAUAUGACAUGCGUGAUAGACACUGCUGUUGGUCUGGUGUUUGUUCUGUUCUGUUUUGUUAGCUGGUUGGUUGGUUGGUUGGUUGGUCCUUGGCUAGAUAUUUGUCUGUGAUUGGCAGAGAGUGAAUUUUGAGAGAGAGUUGUAGUUCCUUCUUUUCCUUUUCAUUGGACCCUUGCUUUUCCUUACUCCCUCAUACGCUAGUAUACGCGAGAGACAUUUGACAAGAAUAAAACCGUACGAGAAAUUGGCACGCGAGACGUAUAGUCUGAGGGGAAAAGGAAAACGAGAACUAGGGAAGAGGGAUCAGAUGAAAAGGUGUUUUGGUUUCUCAAGCAUCAUAAUCGCCGUGAACAAAAGACACGGACGAGCACGUUGCACGCUUAGCAAUGAG